AUGAAUAUAAACAGCACAUUUUCUAGUGUCAUUGGCAUCCAACACUUGGUUUUCUUUGAAAUCACCAUUGGGAUCAUUGCCAACAUGUUCCUGCUUAUCUUACAUGUCCUCACAUUCCUUUUGGAGCACAAGUCUAAGCCUAUAGAUCUGACUAUUGGUCACUUGGCUCUUAUUCACAUAGUGAUGCUCAUAACUGUGAGUUUCAUAGCUAUAGACACUUUCGGAUAUUGGACUUUCAAGGAUGUAAUCUCAUGUACAUCUAUCAUGUAUUUGAAUAGUUUGAUGCGGGACCUCUCCAUCUGCAGCACCUGUCUGCUGAGUGUCCUCCAGGCCAUCACUGUCAGCCCCAGAAGCUCCUGUGUGGCAAAACUCAAGCGGAAAUCUCUCCAUCACAACCUGUAUGGCUUUCUCUUUUUUUGGGUCUUCAAUAUGUUCAAUAGUGGUCGAAUCUUAAUUUCCACUGUUGCCACUCCCACUGUGACCUCACAUGGUCUUAUAUUUCUUAGUAAAUCCUGCUCCCUUUUGCCCAUUAAUCCUUUCCUCAAGUAUAUAUUUUUUUCACUAAUGACUUUCAACUACGUGUCCUGUAUAGGGCUCAUGGUUCUCUCAAGUGGGUACAUGGUGAUUCUCCUAUGCAAACAUAAAAAACAAUCCCAGUAUCUACAUAGCACCAGCCUGUCUCCAAAAGCAUCCCCAGAAAAAAGGGCUAUAUGGACUAUUUUGUUGCUCAUGAGUUUUUUUAUCAUUUUUUACUCUCUGGACUGUGUUUUCCAUUCCAUGUACUCAAUCAUGAGGAGCCAUGACCAAAUUCGCCACUGUGUCCUGAUGCUAGUUGGCAAUGGCUAUGCCACAAUCUGUCCUUUGGUGCUCAUCAGUAGUGAAAGACAGUUUAUCAAGAGCUUCAUAUUCAUAUUCAGGAUAGACAGUAAAUGA